AUGUCUAAAGCAGAAGAAAAGCCUACGGAUACGCAAAUUGAACGGGUCGAAAGCGUUCAUUCUAGAGACAGCCCUGCCGCCAAUGAUGACCUAAGCUUCAAGGAGUUCUCUGAAAAGGAUGAACACAAGAAGAAGAACAUAUUUAUCAGAUUUAAAGAUUCCGUCUACUCGAAGCCUGAAAAGAGACAAAAUGCAUGGCAUUUACUAACUAAUUUGACAAACACACAGAGAAUCACAUUUGCUGCUGCUGAGGAUUUUGGUGUUCAACCAUCUGAUGUUACAAGUGCAAUUACUACUACAUUGAUGCUGCGUCCAAUUGGUGCCUUGAUUUUUGGUGCUUUGGCAGAUAAGUUUGGUCGAAGAUGGCCCCUUAUGAUUGAUAUUGUGCUAUUUUCCGUCAUCAACAUGGCCAGUGGUUUUGCUCCCAACUUGCAAACAUUCAUCGGCCUUCGUGCUGUGUUUGGUAUUGCAAUGGGAGGUGAAUGGGGUUUAGGUGCAAGUUUAGCUCUUGAAGCACUGCCAGUGGAAGCGCGUGGUCUGUUUUCAGGUAUCUAUCAAGAAGGCUACGCUUGUGGUUAUUUGCUGGCGACACUCGUGAAUUAUGCUGUCGUUGAAACAGGAUCUUCAUGGCGCAUCUUGUUCUGGGUAGGUGCUGGUUUCGCUAUCCUAGCUGUCAUCAUUCGUAUCUGGGUUCCUGAAUCAGAGACAUUUGAAGAGCAACAAAGAGCUCGUAAAAUCUUGGGUAGAUCGCUGUGGACCGAAACCAAAUUAGCUGUUCGUAAUCACUGGGUGCGCAUGAUUUAUAUGGUGGUUUUAAUGGCUUUCAUGAACUUUUUCUCACACGGUAGUCAAGAUCUCUAUCCUACAUUUCUACUCAAAUCCUUGGGCUAUACGCCUACUCAGCAAACCGUAACAAAUGUCAUUAUGAACAUUGGUGCUAUUUGUGGUGGCACGAUCUUUGGAUACUUGUCCAACUACUUUGGCCGUCGCUUGAUCUUGUGUAUUUGUGCAAUUUGCGCUGGCGCAUUCAUUCCACUUUGGAUUUACGCACCCAACAUUCAUUCUCUUCAAUUUGGUGCUUUUGUGAUGCAGUUCUUUGUUCAAGGUGGUUGGGGUGUCAUUCCUGCUCACAUCAACGAACUAGCUCCCGCUGCCUUUAGAGGCUUAAUUCCUGGUUUGGCAUAUCAAUUGGGUAAUUUGAUCAGUGCUGCAUCUAGUCAGAUUGAAGCUACUAUUGGCGAAAGAUAUCCUUUGAAAAAUGGAGAUGGCAGCUUGAAAUUGGAUGCACAGGGUAAAGCCAUUCCUGAUUACGGCUUGACGCAGGCAAUCUUCAUGGGUUGUGUUUGUGCUGGCCUAUUAAUCACAACCUUGAUUGGAAAAGAAGAGCGUAAUAAGGAUUUCAAAGAAAACCUCGCAGAAGAUCAGACUGGUCAUGGCGCUAUCGGCCCUGCUGAUGUGAAAGCAAAUGAAAUUGAACAAGGACAAGGCAAAACUUCUGAAGACUCGAUUUGA